AUGGAUCGCAUCAAGGAGAAAAUGAACUCUCUCCGCAUUGAGGCGGAUGACAACGCGGCCAAAGCAGAAGAACUCAAGCAAAAAGUCAAGGCUCUCGAACAAGACAACCUCCAAAAGGAACAAGAGAUCACUUCCCUCAAUCACCGCAACCAACUCCUCGAGGCCGAAGUUGAAAAACUCGAGACGAGUCUUAAGGAAGCAAAGGCAGCAGCUGGCGAGUCGGCAAACCAAAGCACCCAAGCCGAGUCCCUUCAGCGAAAACUCCAAGUCCUUGAGGAGGAGGCCGAGCAGGCUGACAAGACCCUGAGGGAAACCAACGAGAAACUCCGACAAACCGAUGUCAAAGCUGGCCACUUCGAACGCAAGGUCCAAGCAUUGGAACAAGCACGCGACGAGUGGGAGAACAAGUACGAGGAAAUGGCCAAGAAGUAUGCGGAUCUGCAGAAGGAGCUGCAGGAGUUGGAGCAAAGCAUGGGCAACAUCUAA